GACUCUCUGAUGAGCUGCUGCAGGUCUUAGGCUCCACCUCCCGCUCGGCCACGCCCAGUGAGGUCACCAGAUGGAAUGUGACAAAGAUUGACACGCUGUCUUCUCUGAUGGACUCACGCAAUGGAGAGUGGGACCCUGAGAUGGUUCAGCUGAUUGUCAGUAAGUAUCUGAGUGUGAGUGGAAACAGACUGGGCAGCAGUGAACUCAACUCACUGGGAUCAAACAUUUGUGCUCUCAACACAAGUGUGCUGAACAACAUCGCAGCAGCCAGCAUCGAGAAGGCGACUGCUCUUCCCAUGACCAACUGCACUUCAGAGCAGAAGAGAAUUGUGUUCGGCGUCGCUCAGAGCGCAUUCAGCGUGACAAACAGACGAGGCGCAGACGCUGUCAGUCUUUCAACAUAUCAACUGCUGCAGUCUUACCUCGGUGGUGCUGAUAUUACGUUUGUGCGUAAACUUGUGAAUUCAAACGUCAACAUGGAUCUGAUCACCUUCAUGAGUCUGGAGCAGAGCGUCAUCAAUGUGCUGAAUGUGAUGGAUGUGAAGAGUUUGUUGGGGGUGAGUGUAGGAGAUCUGAAGACGUAUGACAGCGCUUCACAGGUUCAGCAGUGGAUCAAACUGCAGCUGCAGACGGAUCUCGACACGCUCAAAAUCAGUCUCACGGGUGGCAGGAACGCCACGGUAACCACAGCCGUACCUUCUGCAUCCAACAGCACAACUAAAGCCCCAUCAGGACAGAACAGCACCGUCACAGCAGCCGGAGGAAACACCGUAGCUGCCUCCACAACAAAAGGUGGUGUCUCUAGAGUUUAUGCACCUGUCUGUCUGCAGCUGAUCCUAUUGGCUGUUACAGUGCAGCUGCUGCAUUGAUGACAUCACUAUACCUGUAUGUGUCUCUCUCCCUUGUGUGUAUUUAAGAGUUUGUAUGUCAGAAUAAAUGAUAAUCAUUAGAAAAAUGUCUUUGGAUAAUGUGUAACUGAGAGAAUAAUCAAUUUAUCUAUAAGGUUCUUUAGAAUGGCUUCAUUCAGUCUUUUAAGAAGAGAACAUUUUCUUGCUGUCCUGAUGAAACCUCGGAUGUCCGUAUGAAAUGAUGAAAUACUGUGUUGUCAUGCACUUUUAACAGUACUUUUUCUUGGUUAGAUGUUUGUAAAACCCAGUCACAAACAUAAAGGGCGACUAAUACUUAUGAUUCAUAUGGAGAUACAAGGUUUCAGAAGAACAGCAGCGAUAUUUGAACGUUAAGAGUCCACAAUCCAAAGAAAAUUUGAUGUCUCAAUUCUCCUGUUCAUACACCUGAAUUUUUUAACCAAGUUGAUUCAAAUAUUCCUUUCAUGAGUGUUUUUGUGCAUAAAUGUUCAGAGAUAUGAAAGUAUUGAUUCAGGUUCAUCUCAUCAGAUCAGCUGUUUUAACUGUGAAUACAUUUAAUCCCAAAGUGAUAUGUCAGUAACUCCUUAAAAGAGCUGAUCAUUAGAGCUUUAUUCAUUUAUCACUAGAGACACACUAAUGCAAAUCACUGAUGACAUCACAAAGUUACUCAAUACCGCAUAGACAUUUUUUGUCUGAUCAUCUUUCCUAUCAGUCUGUAUCAUUGCUGUCUGUUCAGUGCACUGUCAAUAAAUCUGUGCUCACACUAUAAAUUGGCCUUAAGUAUUGUGUUUCUACACGUUGUUGGGGAUAUUUUACUGCUAAUGACUGUGAUGUAUGUUUAGUGUUAGAAAUAAGGCUUGUGUUUAGGAGUAAUGUUACCAGUGUAACUACACAUGUUCAGUAAAUAUAUUUACAUUUAGUCAUGUAAAUACUUUAAAUGUGUGCACAUAAUAAGUCAAUUGUAUGAAAGGCCCUGUUUAAGAUGGUGUUUUUGUCAAUCGGCUCACAAGUGGACAAAGGAGACACAUGUCCUUUUACAGCUGGUGUUUUAACCCAUCUCUUUUGUCCACUUUCAAUCACCUCUGUCCUGAUUUUUUCGAGGGGGUGUCUAUGGGCGGGCUUUUUUUAGAUAUAUCGAUCGAAUGGACGAUUUACAUAACGCAACCGGAGAUGACAAAACACACAGACUUAUCCCUCAAAUCUGAUAUUGUCCCAGUGUCAACAUCUCUCCGAUGGGCAUCUCUUACUUGGCAAAAUCUGGAAAGCCAACCUUCCAGAACCGAGUUUGGGCACCCCUGCAUAACAGUCACAAUGGGUCAUCGUGUUUGAUGUUUGUCAGUUGUGUGGGGAUUGGGGAAGGUUGUCACAACCCUGCCACAGUGUUGGAUUUUAUCAGGGCUGUCAAAGUUAGCACAUCCAAAAUAUUUUCAGAUAGGGUUCAAAUAUUUCAGGCAAUUAACGAAGCAUCCGUUUUUUUGUCAUCAUUUGUCUAGCGUUACAUUUCAUAAUCACGCUCUUAUUCAUGUAAAGGUUGCAUUGACGCAACAGCGGUCCCAUCUGGUGUAAACAGUCAAGGGGCUAAAGGCCGCGUCAGUGAAUCUCUGUCACUCACGAUUAUGCCAGAAAGACCAUUUUGUCUAGUAUUUUCUAAAUCAAA